UAUCAAAAUUAAUUUUUUGGGCCAUGCAUGGAAAAUAAGAAAAAGAAAAAAAGUGAAAAAGCGUUGGGGCAACUAUUCCGCUUAGACUCGAAGCAAAGAAUGAGCUCUAAGAGCAAGAGACCACCGCCUGACCCGGUGGCUGUGCUGAGAGGUCACCGCGCUUCCGUCACCGAUGCUUGUUUCCAUCCGUCGAGACCUAUUCUGUUCACCGGCUCUACAGAUGGUGAGUUGCGGAUCUGGGACACGAUUCAGCAUCGCACAGUAUCAUCUGCAUGGGCGCAUAGUGCUGCCCAUGGGAUUAUAGCCGUUGCUUGUAGUUCUUUGUCGGGUACCAACAAAGUUAUCAGUCAGGGCAGGGAUGGAACUGUCAAGUGUUGGGACAUAGAAGAGGGAGGUCUCUCCAGGGCACCUUCACUUACAAUCAGGACAAAUGCUUACCACUUUUGCAAGCUUUCUUUGGUGAAGAAACCUAUUGCUAAUGCGAAGCAAGCUUACCCUGAGGUGCUAGGGAAGGAAACUGUUGAUAUAGAAAGUUCCGAUGAUAGCAGAGGAAAGACUGCAGAAAAUCAAGUAGAGGGUUCCAACACCUUUCAAGGUGGAUUUAUAGAAGAAACAUAUGUUGAAGGACUUAAGUAUGUGGCUAUGGCAGGAGAACAAUCUUCUGAGGUUGAGAUUUGGGAUCUCAAUACUGGUGAAAGAUCUGUACGGCUACCUCUAGACAACUUUGGUGGUUCUUCCAGUUUCUCUACUAAGGAGAGAGGAAUGUGCAUGGCAGUUCAAUCCUUUUUACUACCUGGAUCACAGGGUUUUCUUAAUGUCUUGGCUGGUUAUGAGGAUGGUUCCAUUCUUUGGUGGGAUAUACGUAAUCCAGGGGUUCCUGUAACUUCUGUGAGGUUCCAUUCAGAGCCAGGUGGGCAACCCAGAAUAUGGAGACUUCACAUUUCGUAUGCAGUUCUAAGUUUAUGCAUUGAUGGAUCAUGCAAUGGAGGUAUCUCAGGGGCGGCAGAUGACAAGAUUGUAAUUUACAAUUUGGAUCAUCCCAUGGGUUCUUGUGUUGUUAAGAAAGAAAUUAGUUUAGAACGGCCAGGCAUAUCCUGUACCUCAAUUCGGUCAGAUUGUAAAAUCGCUGCAACUGCUGGCUGGGACCAUAGAGUUAGAAUAUACAAUUAUCGCAAGGGAAAUCCUCUGGCGAUUCUGAAAUAUCACCAUGCUACGGUACGAUGAAGUGUAGCUCUGUCUCAUACUCAACCGACUGCAAGCUGAUGGCUUCUGCAUCAGAAGACACAACUGUUGCACUAUGGGAACUAUAUCCUCCUCAAACUUGAAACAGGAGUAGAACUAAUAUUGGUACCCUACUACUGUCUGCUCAAGUUGCUCCAGCAAUUGGGUUCUAGUCUAAUGUGACAAUGUGAAUGUUGUCACACUUCCAGCCUUUAUUUAAGAAAAGAUGAAAUCAGCUUUUGCUUACAUUUUCCUGAGAAUGUUGACUGUAAGAUUCACCAUUUCUUUCUGAACCUAUAUUCUUCCUUUUGCCCCGUUGAGAGACAAGCAA